AUGGAUUUACUAUGCGAACCAGGCUCCCCAGCUACUCCACCCCGAAAGACACCGUAUGUCUGUACUGAGUAUUGGGACGGCGGACCGUUUCUUACCUAUCCGGUGAGGAAGGGCAUGGUCCGAGUAGUUCCUCCACGUCUCCGAAGCCUUCUUGGCAUAGAUGUAUCCAACGAGCCGUACCUGGAGGUUCUUUACCCCACACCAAAAGAGGAUAUCCAACCGUUUGUGCAGACAUGGCUUUGGUUCGGACUGUUUGCCGAAAUACUUGGCCUAAACGAGACCAGCCCUGGCCAUCGCAUCAUUGAAGAUUCCCUCGCCACCGAAGAGAUUCGGAAAUUGCACGAGACUUGUGUAUCUGUUGCUGAGGAAGACGGUAGUCGAUACCUUAGUGCCAGUGCCGUGCUGGAAGCUUCUCAAACCUUUGCCGAGAGGAUGCAGCUUGUGCCUGACAAGCAACAGAGGUUCAUAUACAUGCGUGAUUGCCUUCAUUAUGCUUGUUUGAUGAUGUUCUCUGUCUCGAAUUUGGAUGAAACGGUGCGAUACUCGAUAUGUGCCCUUGGAGAGUACUUCACCACAGGGUUAUUUCGAAUUGUUGCGCAGUCGAACCCCAAAUUAGAUGUUCCCAUUGUAGGAUUCAGUUGGCAUCAAAAUUAUAUGCAGGCUGGUGGCACGAUGGACAAGCAAAUGCUUCAACGAGGAUGGUGCCCGAGCGAAACUGAAAAGAUCCGAUCUCAGUUUCAGGGACUGCAUACGAUGCAUCAUAUAGCACAGUUGCAGAGACCUAAUGCUAAUCAGGAUCAUUCGAACUGUACCCGCCAUCUAUGCACAGCCUUUCAGAUGGAUAUAGAGACCUAUAAGCCUUCACACGUCUCUGAUGGCUGCAACUGUGAUCUCAUUGGUAUUGACGAGAGAGCAACGUCUUUAAUUCUCCGUAGUACCGAUACUUAUCCUAUCAUACGUUUUGAGCAGAUAGGAGAUGGAGUAGAUGACUUUGAGCUUGUAGUGGAACCGUACGAGCCGGGUGUUCCGUAUGUCGCCCUCUCUCAUGUUUGGGCCAACGGUUUGGGAAAUCCAAAAGCCAACUCUCUUCCAAGAUGCCAAAUAAAACAUGUGGCCAAGUUAAUAGCUUCAAUGCAGGCCGAAAUAGAGACAGGAGAUGCAGAAUACAGAACCGAAUACCGUAUCUGGAUUGACACUCUUUGUUGCCCUAUAGAGCUUGGGGGUAAACUGAUCGCGCUUGAGCGGAUUGCUAGUGUUUACAAGAAUGCAGCUCAUGUUCUUGUUCUAGACGCAUCCUUGACCGGAUUUGAUUCUCAAGACACUCAUCCUGCGGAGUUGAUGUUGCGUAUAUACGGAGCAUCUCCCUGGAUGAGACGAUUAUGGACCCUUCAAGAGGGUGCACUGACGAAAAGCCUAUAUAUACAAUUCGCGGAUAAGGCGGUUAACAGCUACGCAUUACUCGUCAAGCUCUAUGCUGCUGGUAACGUCGAUGCGCGCUAUAUGAGGAUAUGGCAAGACGUCAUGAGUGCAUACAAUGAACUCCAAGGUCUUCUCAACGGAAUAGAGGGCCUAACUAUAAAGCAAUCACCGCUCCUUAACCUUCAACGAGCACUGCAGUUCCGGACAGUGUCUGUUCCAUCUGAUGAACCGCUCUGUAUCUCAACUUUGAUGGGCCUCGAUACAAAGUACAUUGCUGCGGCCCCUGAUGCAGAAACUCGGAUGGCUCGCGCCUGGGAACUAAUGAACAAGUCGCUCGGUAGCCUUCCCACGCGAGUUAUAUUUUAUGCAGAUGAAGUACUAAGCAUACCUGGAUGGCGAUGGGCUCCCAGGAGUCUAUUAGGUUCAUCUGUCAAAGAUCCUGUCUUGAGUAUUGAUGAGCGCGUGCUACGCUUGGCUGGAGAUGGCCUGGCCGUACCAACACCUCUAGGCUUGAAAGUGGCUCUGCCUGGAUGCCGCCUUAUUCCACGUCCUCUGGUAGCCGGGCUUCCAUUGCAUCCCUGGCCUGGAUCUAUUAAUGCCACAGAAGAUCAAAUCAUUGUUCGCAAUGCUGAAAGUGGCAAAUGGUGCCGAGUAAUAGAUUGGUAUCGCAGCAAGAAAAUUGCGUCUUGGACAGACGAGGAGAGAUCAGCCUUUGACAGAAAGCAAAAUAAUCCUCUCUGCAGAGAGAUAGAUUCCGGGAGAUGCAUCUUGAUAUAUGAUGAAAAGUCUCGGGCCGACGGGACAAUCAUCGCAUGCAUGGCUCAAAUCGAAGAGGUUGGUGGAGAUUUCGGACAUGCCUCAAUUACGCCCAUAGAACUGCAAACUGGUCUACGAGUUCAUCGAACAAGGGCGGUGGUUAUGUCGCCGUUGAGCGAUGAAGAAGUACUGAUGAUGACAAUUUUCAGGGACCUGGCUACACUUGUAGCAAUAGAUCAAGAAACGUCCAAUCUACAGACAAUCGAAGAUCGUGAGAGCGAGGACUGGAAGAACUGCAUGGCCAAGGUUAAGGACAAGAUGAAAGAAGUCAUGGCGGAGGCAUGGAAAUCCAGUCCGGAGUUAAGACAAGCGGUUCAAAACAAUAUUGGUCCUGACCUGGAAGAGUACAUGUGGGCUUUUAUUCCCAAGGCCUUUUCUCACGAUGUUGUGGUGGAGGAGACGCCAAGUGAGCAGCUUUGGUUCGUCGACUAG